AUGGGAAACGGCAAGCAACAUGGCUGGCAGGAGCAAAAGCUCAUCGACAUGUCGAGCAUGGCGUUUCGCGUCGAUGAGAGCAUCGGAAUGGUGCUGCUCACAGGGAAUUCGCAUCCGGAAUUGGCCAAGGUGGUCAGCGACCGGAUGGGAGUGCGGAUGGGUGACGUGGUGGCGUAUAACAAGACAAAUCGGGAAACCUCUGUCGACAUCCGACAGUCAGUGCGUGGCAAGCACGUUUUUAUCCUUCAGUCAGCAUCCAAAAACGUCAACAACGACGUGAUGGAGCUCUUGAUCAUCAUCUAUGCCUGUAAAACCUCGAUGGCCAAGAAAAUCACAGUCGUCAUGCCGUACCUCCCCUAUAGCAAGCAGUGCCGAAUGCUGCGCCGCUCCUCGAUCCCGAUGAAGCUGAUUGCUGAAUUGAUUUGUAAAGCUGGUGCCGAUCGCCUCGUUUCCCUUGACCUCUAUAAAAAGGAGAUCCAGGGCUUCUUCUCGAUCCCGGUCGACAACCUUCGGGCCUCACCUUUCUUACUGCAAUACAUCCGUGAUAAUGUCUCCGACCUGCGCAACGCCGUCAUCGUCGCCAAAUCUCCAGGCGUCAUGAACAAGGCCACCUCCUAUGCCGAACGCCUCCGUCUGGGAGUGGCGGUAAUUCAUGGUGAACAGAAAGACGAAGAAGAAUCCGGGCAAGAAGAUGGCCGGCAAUCCCCGCCUCCCAACUAUGCGGCCAGCUUUGAGCUGUUUCCAUCACAAAUGACGAAAGAAAAGCCGCCGUUGACGGUUGUUGGGGAUGUUGGAGGAAGGAUUGCGAUUAUGGUGGAUGAUAUCAUCGAUGAUGCCCAGUCAUUCGUCUCGGCAGCCAGGGUAUUAAAAGAACGAGGCGCUUACAAGAUCUACGUCGUUGCCACUCACGGUUUGCUCUCCAUGGAAUCCCCGGAUUUGAUUGAAAACUCGCCGAUUACCGAGGUCAUCGUCACAAAUACCGUGCCCCAUGAGCUGCAGAAAAUGCGAUGCCACAAGAUCAAAACGGUCGACAUCUCCUUGAUGCUCGCUGAAGCUGUGCGCCGAAUUUAUCACGACGAAUCAAUGGCGCAAUUGUUUAGGGACGUUACCCUUGAUGAC